AUGUCCAGGAGCUUUCUUCCCAUUUUCGAGCCAAAAAAAACAAGAGUCAUCUCUGUGGACUGUACCUCCGCCUCACCUUCCCUCUUCUCAUCUCCAUUAAGAAACCUCAAGCAACUAUAUUGCAAACAACCUACUUCGAGCUAAAAGAAAAUGAACAUUUUCAGCAAAAAGCCUAAUCCUAGAGAGGCUCUUCGACAGAGCAAGAGAGAAAUGCAACAUGCUACUAGAGGUAUAGAGAAGGAAAUUGCAGCUCUCCAAUCAGAGGAAAAGAAGCUUGUUGCUGAGAUAAAAAGAACAGCUAAGACAGGCAAUGAGGCAGCAACUAAAAUUCUAGCUCGGCAACUAGUCAGGCUUAGGCAACAAAUAGCUAACUUACAAGGAAGUCGUGCUCAAAUGAGAGGCAUAGCAACUCAUACACAGGCAAUGCAUGCCCAUUCUUCAGUUGCUGUUGGCUUGAAAGGUGCCACAAAGGCGAUGACAUCCAUGAAUAAGCAAAUGGCUCCUGCAAAGCAAGCAAAAGUUAUAAGGGAAUUUCAGAAACAGUCAGCACAGAUGGAUAUGACAACAGAAAUGAUGUCAGAAGCCAUAGAUGAUGCCUUGGAUGAUGAUGAGGCUGAAGAGGAGACUGAUGAGUUGACGAAUCAAGUGCUAGAUGAAAUUGGUGUUGAUGUUGUUUCCCAGUUAUCAGCAGCACCAAAAGGUAAAAUUGCCGGGAAGAAUAAAGAGGAUGUCGGCAGUUCGGGCAUUGAUGAGCUUGAGAAGAGGUUGGAAGCUUUGCGAAAUCCCUGAAAAUGAUGACCAAAAAGUCCAAGGUUUUAUCCUACUGAUCACAACUCCGAUCCUCAAGUCAAUUCUUCAAAUUGACGCUGUAGAUAAUUCUGUUCUCCAUCUAUGUUUAUGUUUCGCUGAAGAUGUUUAGCUUGUGGUAAUUUUUUUCCCUUGCUGGAAAACUAUUUAGCUGGAUUAGUGUGUUGUCAUUAUAUCCUCUCUAGUCAAGGAUCAGAGUCAAAACUAAUAAUGCGAACAGUAGAUAAAUGUACUUUUUGAUGAA